AGGAGGAGGUGGAGGAGGAGGGCUGCGUCGAGGAAGUACAGGAAUGAAGUUGUGGAGCUGAGGUUCCCUCCAUCGUGCGCACAGAGCCGAGAAGACCCCCCGAGGCCGCCGGCCGCCCCUGCGCUGGGUGCUGUUUCCGGCGCGAGCGCCCGGCCCCCUCCCCUCGCCCGCCCGGCGCCCUCGCCGCUUGGUCUAGCCGGAGCCAUGGGGACGGAGCCGCAGUGAGCACCAUGGAGCUGGCGGCCUGGUGCCGCUGGGGGCUCCUCCUCGCCCUCCUGCCCCCCGGAGCCGCGGGCACCCGAGUGUGCACCGGCACAGACAUGAAGCUGCGGCUGCCGACCAGUCCCGAGACCCACCUGGACAUGCUCCGCCACCUCUACCAGGGCUGUCAGGUGGUGCAGGGUAACCUGGAGCUCACCUACCUGCCCGCUAAUGCCAGCCUCUCCUUCCUGCAGGAGAUCCAGGAGGUGCAGGGCUACGUGCUCAUUGCUCACACCCGAGUGAGUCAGGUCCCCCUGCAGAGGCUGAGGAUCGUGCGAGGCACCCAGCUGUUUGAGGACAACUAUGCCCUGGCCGUGCUGGACAACGGAGACCUUCUGGAAAGUGCCACCCCUGCUGCACGCGCUGCUCCGGGAGGGCUGCGGGAGCUGCAGCUGCGAAGCCUCACAGAGAUCCUGAAGGGAGGGGUCUUGAUCCAGCGGAACCCCCAGCUCUGCCACCAGGACACUAUUUUGUGGAAGGACAUCUUCCACAAGAACAACCAGCUGGCCCUCAUGCUGAUAGACACCAACCGCUCACGGGCCUGUAAGCCACGCUCCUCCCCGCCUGCAGCCGCCUGUCUUUCUCACGCAGCCCACCGACCCCAAACUCCUGGCUUACUCCAUGCCCCCGCUGCUGCCGCCGCACUAACACCACCCAGUUCCUCUUCCUCUGGGUCUCCUCCUCUCUGUGGUUCUCUGUCCUGUCUCCCUCUGCUUCCAGAUCGCGCCUCCGGUUUUGGAGUCCUCCUCCUGCCCGCGUCUCUCCCUCACUGUGCAUUCUGUCUCCUGGUCUCUGUCUCUCUCACUGCCGUUCUGUUUCUCUCCCCAGGCCCACCCUGUUCUCCAGCUUGUAAAGCUCCCCACUGCUGGGGAGAAAGUUCCAAGGACUGUCAGACCUUGACGCGAACCGUCUGUGCCAGCGGCUGUGCCCGCUGUAAGGGCCCGCAGCCCACUGACUGCUGCCAUGAGCAGUGCGCUGCCGGCUGCACGGGCCCCAAGCACUCUGACUGUCUGGCCUGCCUCCACUUCAACCACAGUGGCAUCUGUGAGCUGCACUGCCCAGCUCUGGUCACCUACAACACGGACACCUUCGAGUCCAUGCCCAACCCCGAGGGCCGUUAUACCUUCGGCGCCAGCUGCGUGACCGCCUGUCCUUACAACUACCUGUCUACGGACGUGGGAUCCUGCACCCUGGUUUGUCCCCUGAACAACCAAGAGGUGACCGCUGAGGAUGGAACCCAGCGGUGUGAGAAAUGCAGCAAGCCCUGUGCCCGAGUGUGCUAUGGUCUGGGCAUGGAACACCUGCGGGAGGUGAGGGCGGUCACCAGUGCCAACAUCCAGGAGUUUGCUGGCUGCAAGAAGAUCUUUGGGAGCCUGGCGUUUCUGCCGGAAAGCUUUGAGGGGGACCAAGCCUCCAACACUGCCCCCCUACAGCCUGAGCAGCUCAGAGUAUUUGAGUCUCUGGAGGAGAUCACAGGUUACCUGUACAUCUCAGCGUGGCCAGACAGCCUGCCGGACCUCCACGUCUUCCAGAAUCUGCGAGUAAUCCGGGGACGAAUUCUGCAUGAUGGUGCCUACUCACUGACCCUGCAAGGGCUGGGCAUCCGCUGGCUGGGGCUGCGCUCGCUGCGGGAACUGGGCAGUGGGCUGGCCCUCAUCCACCGCAACGCCCGCCUCUGCUUUGUACACACGGUGCCCUGGGACCAGCUCUUCCGGAACCCCCACCAGGCCCUGCUCCACAGUGCCAACCGGCCAGAGGUUGAGUGCGUGGGCGAGGGCCUGGCCUGCUACCCGCUGUGUGCCCACGGGCACUGCUGGGGUCCAGGGCCCACCCAGUGCGUCAACUGCAGCCAGUUCCUUCGGGGCCAGCAGUGCGUGGAAGAAUGCCGAGUACUGCAGGGGCUCCCCCGGGAGUACGUGAAGGACAGGUACUGUCUGCCGUGCCACCCCGAGUGUCAGCCCCAGAAUGGCUCAGUGACCUGCUUUGGCUCGGAGGCUGACCAGUGUGUGGCUUGCGCCCACUACAAGGAUCCUCCCUUCUGCGUGGCUCGCUGCCCCAGUGGUGUGAAGCCUGACCUCUCCUUCAUGCCCAUCUGGAAGUUCCCAGAUGAGGAGGGCAUGUGCCAGCCAUGCCCCAUCAACUGCACCCACUCCUGUGUGGACCUGGAUGACAAGGGCUGCCCCGCCGAGCAGAGAGCCAGCCCUGUGACAUCCAUCAUUGCCGCUGUGGUGGGCAUUCUGCUGGUCGUUGUCGUGGGGCUGGUCUUCGGCAUCCUCAUCAAGCGAAGGCGGCAGAAGAUCCGGAAGUACACGAUGCGGAGGCUGCUGCAGGAGACAGAGCUGGUGGAGCCCCUGACACCGAGCGGAGCGAUGCCAAAUCAGGCUCAGAUGCGGAUCCUGAAAGAGACGGAGCUGAGGAAGGUGAAGGUGCUUGGAUCCGGAGCUUUCGGCACCGUCUACAAGGGCAUCUGGAUCCCCGAUGGGGAAAAUGUGAAAAUCCCAGUGGCCAUCAAAGUGUUGAGGGAAAACACAUCCCCCAAAGCCAACAAAGAAAUCUUGGACGAAGCAUAUGUGAUGGCUGGUGUAGGGUCCCCAUACGUGUCCCGCCUUCUGGGCAUCUGCCUGACAUCCACGGUGCAGCUGGUGACACAGCUUAUGCCCUAUGGCUGCCUCCUAGACCACGUCCGGGAGCACCGCGGGCGCCUGGGCUCCCAGGACCUGCUGAACUGGUGUGUGCAGAUUGCCAAGGGGAUGAGCUACUUGGAGGAUGUGCGACUCGUGCACAGGGACCUGGCUGCCCGGAAUGUGCUGGUCAAGAGUCCCAACCAUGUCAAGAUUACAGACUUCGGGCUGGCUCGGCUGCUGGACAUUGACGAGACAGAGUACCAUGCGGACGGGGGCAAGGUGCCCAUCAAGUGGAUGGCGUUGGAGUCCAUUCUCCGCCGGCGGUUCACCCACCAGAGUGAUGUGUGGAGCUAUGGUGUGACUGUGUGGGAGCUGAUGACUUUUGGGGCCAAACCUUACGAUGGGAUCCCAGCCCGGGAGAUCCCUGACCUCCUGGAGAAGGGGGAACGGCUGCCCCAGCCCCCGAUCUGCACCAUUGAUGUCUACAUGAUCAUGGUCAAAUGUUGGAUGAUUGACUCAGAAUGUCGGCCGAGGUUCCGGGAGUUGGUGGCCGAAUUCUCCCGCAUGGCCAGGGACCCCCAGCGCUUUGUGGUCAUCCAGAAUGAAGACCUGGGCCCUACCAGCCCCUUGGACAGCACCUUCUACCGCUCGCUGCUGGAGGAUGAUGACAUGGGGGACCUGGUGGAUGCUGAGGAGUACCUGGUACCCCAGCAAGGCUUCUUCUGCCCAGACCCUGCCCCGGGCUCUGGGGGCACAGCCCACCGCAGGCACCGCAGCACGUCCACCAGGAGCGGCGGUGGUGAGCUGACGCUGGGUCUGGAGCCCUCGGAGGAGGAGCCCCCCAGGUCUCCACUGGCACCUUCCGAAGGGGCUGGCUCUGAUGUGUUUGACGGCGACUUGGGAAUGGGGGCAGCCAAGGGGCUGCAGAACCUCCCCCAGCAUGACUCCAGCCCCCUGCAGCGGUACAGCGAGGACCCCACAGGACCGCUUCCUCCCGAGACUGAUGGCUACGUUGCCCCCCUGACCUGUAGCCCCCAGCCCGAAUACGUGAACCAGCCAGAGGUUCGGCCACAGCCCCCCUCACCCCUAGAGGGUCCUCGGCCUCCUCCUCGACCUGCCGGUUCCACUCUGGAAAGGCCCAAGACUCUCUCCCCUGGGAAGAAUGGGGUUGUCAAAGACAUUUUUGCCUUUGGGGCUGCCGUGGAGAACCCCGAGUACUUGGCACCCCGGGGCAGGGCUGCCCCUCAGUCCCACCCUUCUCCGGCCUUCAGCCCAGCCUUUGACAACCUCUAUUACUGGGACCAGGACCCAUCAGAGCGGGGCUCUCCACCCAGCACCUUUGAAGGGACCCCUACAGCAGAGAACCCCGAGUACCUGGGUCUGGACAUGCCAGUAUGAGCCAAAAGGCCCGGGCCGCUGAGGCCCUGCUGGCCCCUCAGGGAGUGUGGAAGGCCUGACUUCGGGCCUGCAUCAGGACGAGGCGGGGAGAGGGCCCUUGGAUCACAUCCAGGGCAGCCUGCCAUGCCAGCAAUCUUCCUUCCUCUUCCAACUCGUAGGUGGCUGAGAGCCGCCCAUCCUGGCUGGAAGAGGGGACGGCACCGGGGAGUCUUGACUGAUGCUGGAGCCCUGGCCCAGCCACUAGGGUCCACUGGAUGCCACAGCCAGUCUCCUUACCUGAGGGAGCUGCCCAGCCCGACUUCUUCCAGAACCUGACACUGAAGGACAGGGAAGCUGAGCCUAGGAAGGGAAGAGGCCCCAGGAGGGUGUCUAGGAACCAGAGCAGAGACUCCCUGAGACCUAGCUCUGCCCCUAAGAAGGGGACAGCAGCAGCGCCCAGAUCCGGUCCCUGUACAGGGUGCUCUUUGGGUUUUGUUUUUACUUAUGUUUUUUGGUUGUUUUAUUUUAUUAUUUUUUUUAAGAUGAAAUAAGGACUUGGUGGAG